UGGGGAACAGUAGAACAGCCAAGUGUGUACUGAUUGUAUCUGUGUGUGUGUGUGUAUGUGAAAAAGAGAGAGAGAGAGAUCGAGCGUGUUGUGUGUGUGUGAGAGAGAGAGAUCGAGCGUGUCUUAGAUGUGUGUGUGAGAGAGAUUGAGCGUGUGUGUGUGUGUCUGAGAGCAAGCGUGUCUUGGAUGUGUGUGUGUGUGUGUGUGUCUGUGAGAGAGAUUGAGCGUGUCGUGGGUGUGUCUGAGAGAGAUUGAGUGUGUCGUGGGGGUGUAUGUGUGUGUGAGAGAUCGAGCGUGUCUUGGAUGUGUGUAUGUGUGUGUGUCUGUGUGUGAGAGAGAUUGAGCGUGUCGUGGGUGUGUGUGUUGGGGAGAAUGGAGAGAGAGCAGUGCUGUAGUGUAGACCAGCAGUCUACGUUCUCCCCAUGACUGUGUGACUUCCUCUGGGUGCUCCGGUUUCCUCCCAAAGACGUGUGGGGCUUUGGAUCCAUGAGCCAGGCCGGCACUGGAAUGCUGUGAAAUUGUAGGGUCGGAAUCGGCUGACUGGAACCAAGGCCGUGAGGAAUCCCACAGCAACGGGGACCUUCAGGCGCCAGCAGUCCACUCCCGCACCUUCUCGCCAGGCCCUGGAUCCGGACUACUUGCUGCUUCUCAAUCUCUAAAUGCUUUUCGUUCUCGCAAAGGAGAAAUCCCCGAUUUGCUUUUGAGUGCGGACCAGAGUGGAUGAGUGGAGGAUGUCGGAGGGCUGGGAGGACUGCCCAGUGCUGCCGGUGGGCUGGAAGCGUCGUGAGGUGUUCCGCCGCUCCGGCGCCACCAUCGGCAAGUCAGACACCUAUUACUUGAGUCCCACAGCAGAGCGAUUCCGCAGCAAGGUGGAGUUAGUCAAGUACUUUGGAGAUGCGCUGGACCUCACCUAUUUUGACUUCAAGAAGGGAAUCAUCUUGCCUCCGGAUGCAAAGGUCAGGAGGUCGGGGAAACGUCAGAGCACCUCCUCAUGUGAGGUUAAGGAGGAGCAGAGGGACCGUUGCCAGACCCCGAAGAAGAAGGCCAAGGCUCCCCCUACCCCGAGCCCAGCCCAGCCCAAACCAGAGAAGGCCAGUGAGGCGGAGGGAUUAGCCGCGGACCCCCAGGACUCACUGAUCGUGUGUUGUGAGGACUGCCAGCAGUGGAUUCCGGGGGUGCUGUUCAGCCCCCGCAAGAGGCGCCUGCGAUUCUAUUGCGCCGAGUGCAGAGCGAAGCGACGGGAACUUGGGAGAAAGCUAAACUAUUACAAGCGUUUUGGCUGCGGUGAGUGCGAGGGCUGUGCCGUGGCCGCUGACUGCGGUGCGUGCCGGGGAUGUACUGCCGGGCACACCAACAGUGGCAGGAGGCGCAAGUGCAUCAGGAGGUCAUGUCAGAAACUGAAAGAGAUAAAGGCAGAGUCACGGUGCCGGAGAUCAUCAGGGGAACCAAAGAAAAAGGUGAAGUCCCACCUCCAGACGACAAAACGGACGGUGACACAGAGACCAGAGCCAGCAUACGUCACGUCUGAAGACAAGGAUGGUGCCCCGUGCAAAGUUCCAACGAGAAAGAUCCAAUCUCACCAGCAAGCAGAGAAGAUUUUGAAGAGAGCAAAGAUUAACCCAGUGCCCAAGGAGCCAGAGGUGGAGGAGGAGAAACCGGUGGUGAAGCCCUGCCCUCCGCUCAGUGAGGAGCCGGCCCCCGAAUCUCCAGACACUCCCACUGCAGUGACGGCAGACACGCCCGUCCAGACAAAAGGCAGCCGGAACCGCCGGAACAACCGGAGCUGUGGAGAGUGCGAGGCGUGCCUCCGCCUGGCUGACUGUGGCACAUGCGACUUCUGCAAGGACAAGGCCAAGUUCGGCGGUGCCAACACGUUGCGGCAGAAGUGCCGCUGGAAACAGUGCCUCUGCUUCGCCUCCAAGCGCCUGUUGCCCCGGGAGCUGAUGGGACAGGGCUCCUGGGCGGAGUGGGAGCCAGGGUGCCGGAGCGGGCGCCGGAGGUGGAAAGAGAACGCCUUCGCCAGCCGCAAGGUGGCCCGCGCCAUCCAGGCCGCCAGGAAGAGGAAGAUAUGCCAGUCAUCGGCGCCCGUGGCUGAGCCUGAGGCCAGCGGACGCCCGGAAGCGCCAGCACAGGUCCUGGCGCUGAUUGGCAAGGAGGAGGAGCCCUCGCGCCCACGCACCUCAUCGCCAGAGAGGGGGCAGGAGGCAGCCAUGCCUAGCCCAGUCAAGCCGGUGCGGGACAGCAGUGGGAGGGAGGACAACCCCCACAGCUCUCCAGAACAGAGGUCUCCACCCUCGGGCGAAGCCCUGAACCUCAAGAAGCUCCUGAUGGUGAUGAAGCCGUACGUGAAGGGAGCCCAGUCGUCCGAAGCCCCCGAACGGCCGUCGGUGAUCCGCGAGACCUCUGAAUGGCAGCUGAGCAGCGAGCAGAGGCGGCCGGUGGAUACCCCAGUGUUCCAGACAGCAGCGAUCUCCACCCCAGCAAAGCGUGUCACUCCAGAACGUGAACCUGAGCGCAUUCCGAGCACAACGGAAAUGUUGAGUGAGCAUGUCUCCUCCUCCCACCAAUCGGUGUCCCCUGUCAUUAAACAACAGGACCACAAGGAAAAAACCAGCAGCAGGAAGGCAUUGCAACGCUCCACGGAGGAACGUGAUGUGAACGGGUGUUCCAGCCAGGGUUCACCUCCCGUCACCAAGGAGGAACGCACAACCCCCAGCAGCAACAGGCAGCCCAUCUCGCCCAAGCGGCCGGCAGAGACAGAGGCCCGUACGCCCGGAAUUCCCAGCAAUUCUCGGAUUGUCAGGCGGGAGAGUCCGGAGCAGAACCCAGGAUACGGACAGUCGCCUCCAGCAGCGGUUGCAGCAGGUCAGUCAGUGACACAGCAGAGCCCAGAGGAGAGUAGCGGUGGUCCCGACGACAGCUCCGGUUUGCCAGUGAUCACGCAGAUCUUCAGCCUGGGUUCUCCCUACAUGAUGAUGUCCCUGGAGCCGCUGCUGCGGAACUUCAUGCAGGACCUGAUGCUGUUGCCGCUGCCGGCCUCCUGGGUGGUGUGCUCCUCACUGGGGCCCGACGUCCAGCUCAUCCAGCUGUCUCGCAAGUCGCCCGUCUGGGACGCCGCCGUGCACAUCCGCCCGGGCUUCUUCUUCCAGGUGCUGGUGCGGGGCCUGGCCGUGCCCCGCGGCCACCGUCUGUACCGCAGCCACCCCGCCCAGCUCACCACAGUUGACGACGUGGUCGACCUCAUCAGCGACCUCGAGACCUACCGGGUGUGCGCCGGCUACCCGCAGCACCGCAGCCUGAAGGCCACUCCGCCGGCCGUGGCUGCCCUCCUCCCGCGCGAGCGCUCCUCCUUCUGCGAGGUCCUGGUUGACAAGGAGCGUUGCUUCCAGUGCGCCAUCACCAUCUGAUUCCCCCAGCUCGCCGGACACGACGGAGGACAGCGGGAGGGAGGUGGUUUGUGGGAGCACGGUUGUGGAACGCUGGAUGGUGGCUUCGCACCUUCCUAAAUGAGCCCCCACCACUCCACCUGUUUAUCCCCGCCUCAGUACAUGACAUCGGGGAUGCCCCCCUUAGUCCCCGCGGUCCUCCCCGGGUCAGCUCGAGGUCAUCCGACACUAACCAGCACCUUUACCAGUGAUACCUUUUGCCUCCAGAGUUUCCCACCGUAUUCCAGGAAUUCUCUCCUGAGGCAAUCCCGUCGGAUCGGUCAUCAAUGGGAGUGGAGUACGGUGCAGGAGGAAGCAACAGGGGGCCAUCCUUGGGUCAAUCAGCUCUCUACUGCCCCUCCCAAUUCUGAUUUUUCUUGCACCCCUCCCCCCCCUUUCCCCAGGGACCCUUAGGCGUCAGACCAGAUGGAGUUCCAAUGCUGGGGUGCACAUGAUUCAGGACACACCGCCAUCUUCAGUGGGCAAGCUGAGCUCAGAGACACUGGGGGUGGGGGGAGACACAGUUGAAGGGAGGACUUUCCCGCUGUUGGCAGAGGGACUUUGCCCGAAUAAACCCCACCCCACUUCGACAAAUCCCCUCCCUGCUCCACUCAUUGGAGAGACUCCUUGUCCUCCCACCCUCUCUCUCCUGUCCCCUACCGCACUGCUCCACUCCCUGUUAUAGCCAGAGUUCUUUCCCAGCAGAUGUGAUGGACUGAGGUUAUUCCACCAGAUGUGGCCUGCAGCACAAUCCUCUCCCAGCAGAGCUCCCUCCUCACCACACCUCAUUGCGGUGCUCCCUCCUCAGUGCCCCUCCCUGCAGUGCUCCCCCAUGACCACCACCUCUCCCUCGGCAUGGCACUCUCUCCUCCCAGCCUCUCCUGCUGUGCGCCACGCCCUACAAACUGCCCCUCCCACAGUGCGGCACCCCCUCCUCACCACCCCUCCGACAGCAUGAUGCUGCCUCUUCACCACCCCUUCACCUUCCUCCAGGGAGCAGACAAGCCUACGGUGAGGUGACUGGAAAGAGGGAAUGGUUGGUUUGGGAUGGCCACUCUCCCCUUUCCCCUUUCUCCCUUCCCCGAGGAUACACGGGCAGUGAGACAGAGAGCAAGGUGUUGCAGGGGGGAAGAGGCGGGCAGAGAGCGAGAUAGGGAGUGAGCUGCCAUUCAACAGGAAAGAAAACCUCACCAUCUCCCCUCCCCGCUUCGCGCCAGCUCUCCGCCGGUGACCUGGGAAGGCCAAACAACCACCCCAACCGAAGCGAGCCCCCCCUCCCCCCCCCCACAGCUCUGGGCUAGCAGGAUCGUAAAGGCCAUCGGGACGCUUACUAACCAGAUAAACGUCGGGAAGGUAGAGAGACACUUUCUAUAGAGAACUAAAAUAUAUACGUAUAGACACACACACACACACACACACACACACACACACACACACACACACACACACACACAGACACACACACACACACACACACACCCCUACACAACCCUCAGAUAGGCUGUACACUUUGGAUGUAGGAUGAAGUUGUAAAUAGACUCCCUGAUAUUUUAAUGUACUGUGCCGAGCAGAGUCACAGGUUCAAACUUAUAUUCCUGCGGCUGCAGCUGGGGGCAGAGAGGUAGAAUUUACCCUGUGUAGUUUUCCAGUCAUCUCUGUUUGUGUUUUUAAGUUUUUUUUUGAUGUUUUAUUUUAAUAAAAUCUCCUUUUGUGUCUUGUCUUCUGACCUCCCUGUCUCCCU